CAAAAACUAGGAAAAGCUGAUGAAACAAAAGAUGAACAGUUUGAAGAAUACGUUCAAAAUUUCAAACGGCAAGAGGCAGAGGGUUCCAGGCUCCAGAGAGAACUGAGAGGAUAUUUAGCAGCCAUCAAAGGGAUGCAAGAUGCCUCAAAGAAGCUUACAGAGUCACUUCAUGAAGUGUAUGAGCCAGAUUGGUACGGACGAGAGGAUGUGAAAAUGAUUGGAGAGAAAUGUGAUGAACUGUGGGAAGACUUCCAUCAAAAACUGGUGGAUGGGUCACUGUUGACCUUGGAUACAUAUCUAGGACAAUUUCCUGAUAUCAAGACUCGCAUUGCAAAACGAAGCAGAAAGCUAGUGGACUACGACAGUGCAAGGCAUCAUCUAGAAGCCCUGCAGAGCUCAAAAAGGAAAGAUGAAGGCAGAAUUACCAAGGCAGAAGAAGAAUUUCAAAAAGCACAGAAAGUGUUUGAAGAGUUUAACACUGAUUUACAAGAAGAAUUGCCAUCUCUGUGGUCACGACGAGUUGGCUUCUAUGUGAACACCUUCAAAAAUGUAUCCAGCCUCGAAGCCAAGUUUCACAAGGAGAUAGCUUUACUAUGUCACAAACUAUAUGAAGUGAUGACGAAGCUGGGAGAUCAGCAUGCAGACAAGGCCUUCACCAUUCAAGGAGCACCAAGUGAUUCAGGUCCACUCCGCAUUGCAAAAACACCAUCACCACCAGAGGAGGUCUCUCCCUUGCCUAGCCCUACUGCUAGUCCCAAUCAUAUGCUGGCACCAGCAUCUCCGGCACCAGCCCGGCCUAAGUCACCCACACAGCUGAGGAAAGGUCCACCAGUCCCACCAUUGCCGAAGCUCACACCCACGAAGGAGUUGCAACAGGAGAACAUCAUUAAUUUCUUUGAUGACAACUUUGUCCCAGAAAUCAAUGUGACGACCCCAUCACAGAAUGAAGUUCCUGAAGCUAAGAAAGAGGAAUCUUUGCUAGACCUGGACUUCGAUCCGUUCAAGCCAGAAGUUGUAUCAACAGGAGUUACUCAUUCACCCAUGUCUCAGACAUUACCAUGGGAUCUAUGGACGACAAGCAGCGAGUUGGUCCAGCCGGCAUCCAGCACAGCAUUUAAUGGAUUUGCACAGGAUACCUCUGCAUUUACAGUGCAGUCAAAUGAGAAUGUGACAGAGCCUUUGACUGAGGCUGAAGAAGCUCCACCUGGGGAACCCAAGGUCGAGGAAACCCCUGCUGCUGCUGUUGCAGAAAAGGAGGCCAUCCCUGCUGAGCCUGCCGAACCAGCAGAGCAGGCUGCGGACAGUGUCGAGGCAGGGGAUAAGGAGACAACUGGAGUUGCUGAGAAAGAAAGCGAGGGGGUACCUGCCACCGAGGGGGCUGCGGCAGCGGAAGACGGUGUAGCUGUGGCAGCGGGAGCUGGUGACGGCGCUGCUACCGCUGAGCAGGAGGGUGUUGCUGAAGGUGACAAAGCUCAGGGAGAAGAAAAGGAGGCUGACACGUCUCAGGAAAAGGUCAGCAGCAUCCCUUCAGUAGUAAUAGAGCCAGCAUCAAACAAUGAGGGGGAGGGAGAAGAACAUGAAGUCGUCAUGAACGAGUCCAAAGAUGCUGCAGCAGAGAUGGGCACUCAGGGCACUGACGCUUCUCCCAGUGAAACUUCCCAAGUUGGAACUGAGCAGAAGCCCACUGAAGAAACGCCAGCUGCACCUUCUCAGGAUCAGCCUGUUCCAGCAGAAGAUGCAGCUUCUGCAAUGCCACCUGGCUUUCUCUUUAAGGUUGAAGUUCUACAUGAUUUCGAGGCAGCUAACAGCGAUGAGCUUAAUUUAAAACGAGGAGAUAUUGUACUAGUAAUUCCUUCCGAGACCACAGCUGAUCAGGAGGCUGGCUGGUUGACGGGCAUUAAGGAAUCCGAGUGGCUUCAGUACAGAGAUGCAAAUAGUUAUAAAGGACUUUUCCCAGAGAACUUCACACGCCACCUGGAGUAG